AUGCCUCCGAAGGCCAGCAACAUUGAACGCCAAGCGUGGAACAGUAAAUGCAGGGGCCUACUCGCCAAACACAUUUUUGACGAGCGUCUUGGUGUUGUUGUGGAGGACUCCAAAGUACGCCUCAAGACGACAGAAGAUGAUCUGUAUGCGUGGGAUUGUCGGCCCUUCAUUGCCCCGCUCUUCGAAAAAAACCUCAGCACGCAUUCAGUCGGCGGGUAUAAGAAGAUCUGCGCGGGAAUCGGCACGUUAUUCUGGGCGAUCCCUGCUGUCGUAGACGACGCGGAAGACGAGAGCCAAGUCUUAGAAGCAGAGAAUCAGUGUUUGCGUACGCAGGUACAAGAAAUUCUCGGGGAGAGAGACCAGUUGAGAUGCAGUCUUCAGGAGAUGGAAGACUCGGCAAGGAGAGAGAAGCAAGCCGAAGCAGACACAGCAGUCAAGCUCGAGGCCGCCAACGUUGAGUGUGAAGUUCUCCGAAAUCAGCUCCAACAAACAAAAAAGCAACUGGAGCUGCUCGAAGCUAUGGUCUCUCGGCACCGCUCGGCAUUUGCCCAGAUUCUGGAUGUCACAGAAGGAAUCGUCAACAAGUCUCCUGCAUUCACUAGCUAA